GUCAGCUAACGGCCCGGACCUUGCGGUCGCAUAACGGGUCUCAGCCGAUCUUUGAUACGGAUUGCGACCGACUCAUCAGUUCUUGCCCUUUGGGAGCACAGUCGAGUCCUCUUCCAGACCGCGGCGUUGCAGCUCAUGGCUGCUCUCGCGAACAGCACUCGACUACGGCCGUCUUCUCUCUGUGCUUCACGACGCAAUCGUCGAGGGAAUGUUCAAUUGGCUUCUCACAAUCGACCAGCACCGUUCACACCGCUUCGGCGGCAUCUCGACCCUGUGAACCCCCCCGACAUGCAUGUCAUGUGGAAACCCCAGCCAAGAUUGGCGUGUCAUGGGGUUGUGGUGCUGGCGCAGCAAGUUAAACGUCCAGGCGGUUGGGUUCUUGUCCAUGGGAAGGGCUUGAUAUACGAAGAAAACGCAAGCCGUUCAGAGUUCCGACAACACUCAACGAAGCUAGGUUGCAUGUCAAGGAGCUUGCUAUGCAACAGUCUCGAAUACACGUAAACCACCAAUGGCUGGCAGUUUGUGGCCUGGCGCAAGUGUCAAAUCAUGGCAAUAAUAAGCUCAGAGAUGGGCAGUGAUUUGGCCUGGGCUGAGCUACGUGAGAAUUUCUGCACGCGCAGGUUGAACAGAAGCAAUCCAGAGUGGAACCGCUGGAAGAAGGAAUUUUUUGCCUUGUAUAAUGUUCACGUUGAACUUUUUAGGACUGAUGAUGCUGUCUAAUGAAAUCCUAAGCCCAGCCAUUGUAAUCUACCAGGGGCUUUCUGAAUGUAUCCUCGGAGUGUGAAGCAGACCUGACAU